CCGCUGCCAGCUUCCCCCCGCCGGCGGCGCCCGGAGCGAGCGCGACAAUCGCGGCGAUCAGCGGGGCCGGAAUAAUAAACCAUGCAGCCCGCGGGCCGCCCCCAGAGCUGCCAUGAGCCGCGGCGCCGCCGCUCCGCCGCUGCUGCUCAACAUGUACCUGCCAGAUCCAGUCGGGGAGACUCUGUUCAAGGAGGGGAAGAGCCCGGCGUGGGGCUCGCUCAGCCCUGGCGUGCAGAAAGGCAGCGGGCAGAUCCAGCUGUGGCAGUUUCUCCUGGAGCUGCUGUCGGACCGCGCCAACCUGAGCUGCAUCGCCUGGGAGGGCGCCAACGGGGAGUUCAAGCUGAUCGACCCGGACGAGGUGGCGAGACGCUGGGGCGAGCGCAAGAGCAAGCCCAAUAUGAACUACGACAAGCUGAGCCGGGCCCUGCGUUAUUACUAUGACAAGAGCAUCAUGACCAAGGUGCACGGCAAGCGCUACGCCUACAAGUUCGACUUCCGGGGCCUGGCCCAGGUCUGCCAGCCCCCCGCCCCCGACCACGCCCUCUACAAGCUCCAGGGCAACCUGGCGCCCCUGCCCUUCUCGGGCAUCUCCAAACUCAACCUCAUGGCCUCGGGGGUGACGCCCGCCAGCUUCUCCUACUGGCCGGGGUCCGCCCCCACCCUCUACCCCGGCCACGGCCUGCAGCCCCCCGCCCCCUUCAGCGCCAUGGCUGCCUCCCACCUCAACACCAUGAAUAACCACUACCAUUAGAGCCCGCCGGGGCGUGCCGGGGGGGGGGCGGUGUGCACGAUGGGGGUGGGUUUGCCUUUGGGUCCCACUCCGAGGGACCCCCUCUUUGCUCCGUGGCCCUUUCGGGGGAGAGGGGGCUUUUCUGAGUAGGUGGCUGGACCCCGUAAGGGAUGGGCCCUCCUGACCUCACCCUCAUGCCCUCUGAGUCAGGAAAGCAAUUAGGCCGAGCCAGGGCCCCGCUGGCAAUGCCAGCCAUGCCCGGAGGGUGAGGUUCUCA